AUGUAUGGUCAUUUACGAUUUGUCGAUAUAAGUGCAAUGAACAGAUGCACCAACGGACCUGCUACGGCUGUGUACCAUAUUGGAAAAGAACAGAUUCUUUGGUGUUGUGAGUUGUGGAGCAACCAACCUGCUAGUAUGUUGACUGCUCCGUUUCCGCCACCUGAUGCUGGAAAAUGUGUAUUACAUGAAAAAAGCGGACGUAACCUUUGCUACCCGCGUUAUGAAGAUCUGGAUACAAGUUGUACAGAUGUCGGGUCUGGUUUAGUUGCACCGCCUGCAAUUAGAAAUGCUGUAGUUCGGGCUAUGGCAUUUGUUCCUCCAGAUACCUUAAGAGGCCUACUUAGGAAAUAUUAUCGACAUCAUCCACAGAAUUUAUAUGAAGGAGCAUUAAACAUAUCAGCAAAGUCAUUUUUGUUUGUCAGAUAUCAGUGUGAAGAUGGUUAUGUCUUUGCUGAUGAUAUCGACACAAUGUUUUGCUCGGGGAGACAAUGGGUUAAAACUGAACCAUACUGCGUCGGCACAGGUUUGUGUGCAGUUCAUAAUGGUGGAUGUAGCCACACCUGUAAAAGUGAAAAUGAAAAUAUAGUAUGUAGUUGUCCACGAGGAAUGGUGUUAAGCGAAGACCAGAAAACGUGCAAAAAGCCGGUGCCCAAGAAACUAUGUAGAAAUUUGAGUAGCUGUACCUGUACAAAAAUAGAUGGUAAACAAUUUUCUUGUAACUGUCCUCCUGCGGAAACUUGUCUGUUAGUAAGAGGCGACCUUAGAGUAUAUAUUCAUCCUGGAAGUCCGUACGAAGUACAACCAGGCGGUAGCAUUAAUAUUACCUGUUCAGCUGUUUCUUAUCCUUUUCCACAAAUUUUUUGGCAACGUGGUAAUGAAGAGAUUCGUAAAGAGCCAGUAAAGCCAGGAACUGUAAGAAGCGAACAAAUUUUGAUUAUUAAGGAGCUGUAUAAGACUGCAAAUUUUACUUGUCACGCAUUUAAUGAUGAAAGACAUGUAAAUAGAACAAUUGAAGUUGUCGUUAGUGGACCUGGCGACCCACCCCAUAUCAAAAAAGUCGACGCUGGUCGUACAACAAUUCAUAUUUACUGGACACCGCCAGUUAUUGAAAAUAAUCCUAUAAUUUCUUAUGUUGUUUACUAUUCUACAAAACGAGACAAAAAUUUGAAUCAAUGGAAACAGAUUACUGUUGACGGUGAUCAAAUUUUGCUGAAGUAUGAAAUACUUGUUACAGAACCCACUCGUGACGUUAAAAUAGAAAAUUUAAUUCCUAGAACGCCGUAUUACAUCAAAUUACGAGCCAAAGAUAGCAAAGGGUAUGGUAAAGUCGGGAUGCCGAUUAAAGUUACAACGCGCCACCCAGCUCAUCCACCGCAAUUGAAAAUAAAAGAAGGAGAUUUGAUCAGAGUUCCACCUUUGGUUCCCUUCAACAUUACCUGUUUGGUGAUUCAAAGCGAUCCAAAACCACAACUGAGUUGGCAUAGCGAUCAAGCAACGUUAGCUAGCCCCAAGAGAGUUUCAACACUAACUAUGGUAAUAGGAAUGGGUCUUCGGCAACACGUUAAUUACACUUGCAAGGGUGUCAAUGAAGCAGGAAGAACCAUUAAAUUUGUUCAAGUUAUUGUUACUGGACCGCUCCGGCCCCAUAAAUGUACGUAUGUUGUUAGUGAAAAUAAUGUUCAUCUGUUCUGGGAAACGCCUAAAAUCACCAACGGGCCAAUGAAGGAUUAUGAAAUAAUGUAUACAGAAGAUCCUAGUUUACCCGAUGAUCAGUGGCAGUCGGUUCGAACAGGAAGCAAAAAUAUUAAAUCAGUAACACUUCCUGACUUAAAAGAGAGAACUUUAUAUGCUAUAAAAGUAAGAGGUUGGAAUGAACUUGGUCCCGGUGAAUUUCACGGACCAUUCAACAUUACCACUCAACUUGCAGGUCGUGCACCCGUAGUACAACUUUUUCCAAAUGAAACUGUCAAGUCACCGCCAGAAAUCGAGCACGAGUUACCGUUCCGGUGCGAAGCUAAAGGAGUACCUAAGCCUCACGUUUUGUGGUACUGGAAUGACGAAAUUGUAGAAGAUGAUAAGGAUGAAUUCAGGAUAUAUGACGCAACUCCCUACGGAAGCCCUGACGAAACCAUAAGCAAGUUGAUUGCAGAGAAAACAACUCGUUCAGGCACUGUAAGAUGUCAGGCCACGAAUAAACACGGUUCUGAUCAAAAACAAACUGAUGUCAAGAUUUUGGGCCCCGGUACCGCACCUCGCGACAUUAAACCGACCCCGAAACAGAACGGGUUUGUCGUUACUUGGAAACCACCAGAAUAUCCAAAUGGUGAUAUUACGAAGUAUGUAGUUUACUAUACAAAAAAUCCUGACGCUCCGCUCUCUGAGUGGAAGUCGAUGCACAUUGAACCUGACGCUAAUGAGACAACGAUUGUUGUGGAUGACGAAGAUACCCCAUACAGUAUCAGAAUGUGUGCUGCAACCGCAGAUGGUUACGGGCCAAUUUCUGAAUUAUUUGAUGUAACAACUGGAAAAAAACCAGUUCCACUUACUGUAAAACUUGUCAUCCUGGAGCCAGAAAUAAUUUCUGGAUCAGAAGAAACUACAGUUGAACCUAUGCAGAAAAUAAGUUUCAAAUGUAUAGCAGAAGGCCGACCAGCACCUCAGAUUUCUUAUUCCUGGAUACCAUUUAACAACACCGAAAGUGGCCAAGAGCCCGUACCCAUGUUGGUAGCCGUUUCUGACGACCAGAAACACUUCUAUGAAACCAUUGUUCAUGAUGCUCAAACUACUACCAAACGAACACUAAUGUGUAAAGCCAAAAAUGCAGAUGGCGUUGUAGAUGAUCGCUACAUUUUUAACGUCAUCAAACCUGGAAGUCCGCCGGAGAAUAUUCAAGCUGAUGUGGAUGUCGACAACACUGUAACAUUAUCUUGGGAGAAACCAAAGUAUCCAAAUGGACCUAUAAUCGUGGGUUGCUCGGCAUCAUUGCUUUAUAUUUGUUAUUCGGGUGCUUCCGCUCGUUUGGAGUGGCAAGUUUAUAAUAGCAGUACUUCUCUCAAAUACCUGACAGGUUAUACGGUUUUCUUGUCACCUGACCCAAACAGAGCGGUGGAACAGUGGGACAGAAAUUAUGUAGAAGGUCCAGAAAACACGAAUUUAACGUUUGCAAGGGGUAAAUUGGAACCAGAAACUCCGUAUUAUGUUAAAGUUUGCGCUGUAGGACCAGAAGGUGAAGGCGUUCAGUCACAACAAGUGUUCUUCGAAACUGUUAGCGGGGCACCUCGCGAUGCUCCAAUUGAUACUCUCGCCACAGUUCAACCAGACAAUUCUAUAUUCGUCGAGUGGAGAGAACCAAGUGCACCCAACGGCAUAAUCCAGUCAUAUACUGUAUAUUUCGAAGUCAAUGAACCAACAGCAAUUGACGAGGCUUAUCAUCAAUGGCAAAAAAUUGAGGUGCCGACAAAUGAGAGUGUAGCAAAUGUUUUGAUUGAUAGGGAACGGUUUGGUAUUCUGCCUGAAAAACCGUAUAAAAUCAGAGUUUCAGCCACAAAUGACCUUUCUGAAGGGCCUGCGUCGGCACCGAUAGUUGUUCGGACUGGAACCGGAGAGAUAGCUCCAAAGCUUACAAUAGAACCGUCUGAAAAUCCACAGAUGGUUAGGCCUCACGAAUCCAUUUCGGUACGCUGUGUAACAACAGGCACACCGCAGCCUGUAGUGUUCUGGGUAGUUGGCAUUAAUGAAGAUGUUAUAACAUCGCCAACUUUAACAUUAACUGACGUGGUCAGAGAUGAAACUGCUAAAUGUGUGUCUGAAAAUAGUGCCGGUCGGGCUCAGUUAGUGCUCCAGAUAUUAGUAACUGGACCAGGUACACCACCUAAUGAAAUCGCUGUCAUUGCCCAAAAAGACAGCGAAGUAGAUGUUGAGUGGACAACUCCAGAUAUCGCGAACGGCAAAAUUACUGGCUACGUCGUUCACUAUGGUGAAACUCUGGAAGAUGGUACAGAACCGGAGGUGUGGGAUACAGUGGAAGUCACAGGUAUGGACGCUCAUGAAUGUACACUUAAGAAUCUGAAACCAAAGACGGAUUAUGUUAUAAAAGUGCAAGCAGUCAGCGAGCGUGGUCCCGGCGUAAUUUCUCAACCGUACAGAGUGAAGACCCUUCCAUCAGCUCCGUUACAAGUUCAAGAGCCUGCUGCUGAUGUGUUUGAUAACAACACAGUUAUCGUGACAUUUGAAGCACCGGAAGACCCGCAGAACAUGAAUGAGACAAUAAAGGAGUUUGUUAUACUGUAUAAACCGGAGCCAACCCCUGGAGAAAAAGAAGAACCGUGGCGUGAACUUAUCUGGAGUGAGCCCGAUAACGAUUCUUCAAUUGCAGUCACGAUCGACAGGGAAAACUUCAAACCCAAUGGCAAUUAUCUUAUCAAAAUAAUACCACGUGGAGAGGUUGAUGGUCCAGAAUCAGAAGCAAUCAAAGUCAAACUUGGGGCUGGAGUUGUUGCACCAGAUGUUCCAACUCUAAACAUUGACUCCCCAGACAAUACCAUCAAACUGCCAGCAGGAAGUGACUUCACAGUGGCAUGUUCAGCUACCGGGUAUCCACCUCCAAACAUCACUUGGUACGACUAUGACCACAAUGUCAUUAGCGAAAAACCACUGCUAAAAUUAACUGAUUUAAAAGAGGCAGUUAGAGCUCUGUGUAUAGCAGCUAAUGAAGGAGGCACCUCAGCCACAAGCUUUAUGGCCUAUGUAACAGGCCCUGGUGACUCACCGAGCGAGAUUUAUUUGUCAGCCGAAAAACCGCGAACAAUUCAUGUCGAACUUGAACCACCACUUUAUCCAAAUGGCAAUAUCACUCGUUAUAUUGUCUACUAUACUCCCCUUGACGACCAGUCAGCAGGAAAAGAAGUUGGCCAGGUGCCGUCUAAAUCAAUUCCUGACUGGAUGACGUACGACAGAACCGGGGAAGGACUUGGGGAAGGCAAGCAAAUUAUGGAUGUAACGGACUUUGUCGAACCGAGCACCGCAUACGCUCUGGUAGUUCAAGCAGCAAACCAGGACGGACCUGGCCCAUAUUCAGAACAGCAUAUCAUCCGUACAAUGUCACGCGAUCGAGAAGGGCCUCCGAAAGGACUUCGCGUUGAGCCACAAGGACAACGGUCAGCAAGUGUUGAGUGGGAUCCACCCGAUAUUAUAACUCAAAAACCGACUGGUUACGAACUGUUCUUUAUCAAAGCCGAUGCUAAAAUAUGGGAAGACGAAUUAGCAAGUAUCGAUGACUGGCAGAGGAUAGUAAUACCAAAUGCUGACAAGCUUAGCUAUGAGAUCUCUGGUAUUCUUCAGCCAGAUACAGAAUAUGUCUUCAAAAUACGUGCUUUGUAUGAAGACGGUCCAGGAGUGUUUUCUGAAGCUUGCAUCACGAGAACCUUGCCUGAAGGAAAUGAGCCAUACAUUAUCAUGUCUAACAAAGAUCAAGGCCGCGAAGGAACCAGCGAUAUCGAAAUACUCCCUGGGUCUUCGCUUGAUAUAUUCUGUGAAGCUACCGGAAAUCCUCAUCCAACAAUAAAGUGGGUCCAAGCCGAUGCUCCUACUAUCGAGAACAGUAGGGUCGAGGAAAGCGGCAAUCGUGCAAAGUGGUUCCUAAAUGUUAAAAAGAUUUUAGAGGACACAAGCUUUAAUUGUGUUGCACAAAAUCCGCUUGGCAUUGCCAAUUGGACGAUCAAUAUUCACAUUAUGAAAGACCUCAGCCCUGACUGGAAAACCAAGACGGUUGUGCCAAAAACUGAAAAUGGCGAGAUAAUACUUGCAGUCAGUGACGAAGUGCCAGAUUAUUUGAAGAAAUUAGAUGAAUGCAGCUUGCACUGGACACCAAACCCCACAACGCCUUUAAAAGAAUGGAAGGAUUUACCUAUGGAAUCAUUAUCUCUUGAUCGUAUUCCAGUACCCGAAAUGCAGCCUGGCACUAAGUAUUAUAUUUAUAUAGAAAAUCCUACAGAAGGCAUCAAAACACCGAUUUUCGAAGUCAUGACUCCAAAACCCGUAACUGAUAUCCGUAUGGGAACAAAUUUGAAUGGCGAAAUAGUUCUUGAUUUUAAACCUCCGAUUACUACUGGACCAAUACAAGUAGGUUACCACCCUUGUUGGACCUGCAAUAGUAAAAGCUUAGAAUUCAAAGAGUAUUUGGUCAAAUAUUGGCCCGCUGGGGAGCCUCACGCAGUAAUACAUAAAGAGUUCCCAGGAAACAUCUCGGAUGGAAUAAUUCUUGACGGGUUUCUUCCAAGUCAGAACUACGAAAUAAUGGUCAUUGCAAGGACAAUGGAUGGCAAUCUUCCUAGUGAACCAGUUCAAGUGAAAACGCCACCAGGAGAUUUAACAUGCACUUGCUCGCACGCAUGCAACUUUGAAGAAGACAGCGAGGGAAACAUUGUAACGACGUGUUAUUGCCCAAAUGGGUUCAAACUAGCUAGUGACAAACAGUCUUGUGAACAAACUGAGGAAACGGACAGUUUAAUUAACGUUACUCCAGAAAUCACAACUACCAGUACUGAAGGAGUGCCAACAACUGCAACAUUCAUAGAGGGUUUGAAAACUCUGGUACAGAGUACAAUAGCGACAUUGUUCUCCACAACUCCUUCUCCAGCUUCCGAAGUAAUGGUAACCGUUAAAGACUUCGUUGCUCCCGCAGAAGAACUGAUGGAAAUUCCAACAACUGAGAGGAUACUCGCUUCUACAAAGCCCAGUAUCUCAAAGGAGUACAUAUCGGUAACAGUCAGCGAGACAAUGAAGACAGAGAACGUGACUGCCUCUGCUGAAGAAGCAACUGAGAUGCUACCAGAAACAACAGAAAUACAUUUAGAAACUGCUGGAGGUACAAUUCAAGCGUCUGCAACAGAACACCCAACUGUAACUUCCAUAGCUGGAGCUGCAGUCGAGACAUCUACAACUUGCAGUCUUCAAAAUAGCUUACUGGAUAUUGCGUUUGCUAUUAAUACAGAAACCAUUUCACAAGUCGUCUUUGACCAUAUUAAAGUGGUCAUCAGCGAUUUCAUAAAUAACUAUCUGGAUUUGUCACCUGAUAUCACUCGCGUGACUCUGAUCAAAUAUAGUGCAGCGGCAGAAAUCCCAGUCCCACUUGGAGGGUAUGAAGAAAAAGCUGAAUUGUUAGAAAAGCUUGAAAUGCUCCAACGAAAUGGGACCGAAGUAGGAUCAACACUGAAAAUGGGAGUUAACGCAGCAAAACAUCAAUUUGUCAUGUUUCACCGGCCACUCGCGACAAACAUCAUAAUUGUCUUUACUCAUGGAAGUGACAUAACUGAUCCAGUUUUGCCUCUAGGGUUCCCGCAUACUUUCUUGAUGAUCAUUGGGGACGAUGAAUAUGAAGAAGAACUUAAACACAACUCAGAUUCCUAUAUAGCUGUCGACGAAGACUGGGAAAGUUUGAAGGCCGACACCAUUGCAGACCAACUUCGCAGCGACUGUAUCAAUUCAAAACUGUUCCUUCAUUCUGAAAGACUUUACGGAGGAAGUAGCGUCCCAAUUACCGAGACGGUACAACAAACCUCUUUAACAACAGAAAAGGCUGUGGAACAAAAAAAACUUCCAUGUAAAUCUGAAGGAAGUGGAGUACUGGUCAUUGAACUAUCAGACAAAACAAGUUCUUCCCUCGACAAUAUUAAACAAGCGCUUCGGUUGUUUGUAACAACCGCAGUCGACGUUAAAAAGGUUAAGAUUGGAGUAAUAGUCUAUGGCCACAACACCGCUCAAACAGUAGUUGAUGCAGGAAACUAUGUAAGUCUACAGGAUUUUCUUGAUUUGAUAAAUGAAAUCACUGUAAUCGGUGGCGAUUCGCAUGGUGAUCGACUUGCAAUAAAAACAGCAAUACAAAUUUUGCAAGAAAAAGAAAAACCUGCAGCAACUGAACAGGCUAUUCUUAUCAUACACGACGCUCCUCUAAGUGGGGCCUUGCGAAACUGA